GUUUUAAAACUGUUUACUUCAGUACUAAAGAUAAAUCACAGAGAAAGCAGCUAUAACUCCAGUGACCAUGCAGAGUCCAGUGUGUUUGAUAGACAAUGAUGUGGAUGGGAAGAUGUGUGUCAAGGAGUCAGCACUGCAGAUCCUGCAGAAGAUCGAGCAGCCAGUGGUGGUGGUGGCUGUGGUGGGACUCUACCGCACCGGGAAGUCCUACCUGAUGAACUGCCUCGCAGGGAAACAAACAGGAUUUGAAUUGGGCAGCACUAUUGAAUCUAAGACAAAGGGCAUCUGGAUGUGGUGUUUACCCCACCCCACUAAAGCAGGGACCACUCUGGUGCUGCUGGACACUGAGGGACUCGGAGAUGUGGACAAGGGGGAUUCAAAGCAUGAUACCAAGAUCUUCUGUCUGGCUGUCCUUCUUAGUAGCACUUUAGUGCUUAACAGCCAAGGUACAAUUGACAACAAGGCUAUUGAGGAACUGCAAUAUGUAACAGAGUUGACUGAGUAUAUCAAGGUCAAAUCAUCUGAUGAUGAAGAUGACACUGAGUUUGUUAAAUUCUUCCCUAGUUUCAUCUGGGUUGUGAGGGACUUCACCCUGGAACAAAAAAUCAAAGGCAAAUCUGUAACCGAUGACCAAUACUUAGAAUUUGCCUUGAAGCUGAAACCAGGCAAUUCAAGACCAGUUAAAGAGUUCAACCUUGCAAGAGAAUGCAUCCGAAAUUAUUUCCCAUCCCGGAAUUGUUUUACAUUCCCAUUUCCAACCACCUCAGAGAAAGUGUCUCGUCUGGAGAGCUUGGAUUCUGCUGACCUUUCCUCUGAGUUCCUUGAGGUCACAGAUAGUUUCUGCAAGUUUAUCUUUGACAAGAGUGAAAUGAAAAAGCUGAAAGAUGGAUACAUAGUCACAGGCAGAGUACUCGGCCAGCUGGUGAAGACAUAUGUAGAAACAAUUUCCAGUGGCCAAGUACCAUUUCUGGAGAAUGCUGUGUUGACUGUGUCAGUGAUUGAGAAUGAGGCUGCAGUGAAGGAGGGCCUUCAGGUGUACCAGAGUGGAAUGGAGAAGCUGAAGGACUCCUUCCCUCUGGAACUGAGUGAUGUGUGUGCAGAACACCAACGUCUUAGCAGCAUGGCGACACAAACCUUCAUGAAGCGUUCCUUUAAGGACAGUGAGGGGACAUACAUGAAAUGUCUAGAGGAAGAAAUGAAUAAACUCUUUGAUGGAUACCUGCACCAAAAUGAGGAGGCUUCAAAGAAAAGAUGUGAGAAUCUCCUGACAACCCUCUCUGCACCAAUGACCGAAAACCUCAAGAAAGGUUUUUAUGCCAUAGCUGGUGGUUAUGUUCUCUUCUCCCAGGAUCUCAAAGAAAUUGUAAAGAAAUACAAAACUCAAGCCAACAAGGGAGUCAAAGCGGAAGACACACUAGAAGAGUUUCUGAAGCAGAAGUCUGUGGAUUCUAACGCCAUUCUGCAAGCUGACAAAAAACUGACAGAGAAAGAGAGAAAGAUCAUGGAGCAACAAGAGAAGGCUGUUCUCCUGGCUCAAGAAAUAAACACCAAGGAUCAGAAACAGAGACAAUUAGUGGAGAAAAUGGAAGCAGAGAGACAGAGUAAUGAAGAGAGGUUGAGGCAAAUGAAGAAGAAGAUGGAUGAGGAGAUGAUACUUCAGAGAGAGGAGGCUGAGCGUGGUAUUUACAGUAAACUGAGGGAGCAGGCUGCUCUUUUGGAGAAGGGCUUUAAGGAGAAGGCUGACAGGAUGACUAAAGAGAUAGAAGACUUUAAGAGGAAAAAUAAGGAAGCAGAAAAGAAAAGUGACAAGCUUUUUAAAAAGGUGAUAGAAAACAUGAACAAAAGACAUGAUGAAACUGUGAAUUUGAUGAUGAGGCAACACAGCGAGCAGAUGAAUACAAUCAUGAGCAUGCAGAGACCUUCAUCAGACUCUUCCGCACUACUCUUAGGUCUGCUACUUGGUGGUCUCACUGGUGGCUCAGACUCAAGCACAUGCUCAUACUCAUGCUGUUCACGUCCCUGUUGUUAACCCUUGUGCACUCCUCAUUUGGGAGCCACACUCAUGGUCUUUACUCAUGGACACCUGAAAUGUAACUUUCUUUUUCUCAGUAAAAUCAAUCUAAUAUG